GCCCGCGCGGAGUAGCGUCUCCUGGAACGCGAUGAUCGCGGCGCUGGCGCAGAUUGGCCGGUGCGGCGAGGCGCGGGCUGUCUUCGAAUCGAUGCCGGGGAGGGAUUCCCUGUCUUGGAACGGGAUAAUCUCGGGCUACUCUAGCUCCAGCGAUGGUCGCCGCGGCGCGAUCGAUGCGCUCCGGGGCAUGGCGCUGGACGGAUCGCGGCCGGACAGGGUCACGUUCUUGGCUGUUCUUGGCGCUUGCACAAGCUCGGGGUCGCUGGGCGAGGCGCUAGAAAUAUUUGGGUUGAUCCGGGAUCACGGCCUGGAUCCGGCCCCGGAGCACUUCUCGUGCGUGGUGGACAUGCUGGGGCGAUCGGGGCGGCUCCGCGAGACGCAGGAUCUGAUUGAGCAGAUGCCCGAUUUGCCGAGCCAGUCGCAGUGGGCAAGCCUGCUCAGCUCGUGUACCAUCCACCGCGACGUCAAGCUCGGCGAGAUCGCGGCAAGGAGAGUGUCGGAGAACGCAUCGGAGGCAGGCGCGGCACGGAUUUCUCUGAGGAACAUCUACGCGGUGGCUGCCACUUCUCUCCAAUCACGGUAACAUUUAGAUGACAAUGGAGUCUCGGCUGCCGCUUCAAGGUAUUAAGCAAGCACAAGAAUCCAUGGACGAUCAAGGAGACACGGAUUGCAGAUCACAGCAGCAGUAAUGCACCAGGUUUGAUUGCUUUCAAAGUGUUAACAAUUGAAAGAGAUUUUAACCAACAAGGUCCCCCAGAAAAUACGAGGAUGAGCAUUGCCAACUCAACACGAGAUUGCCAGAUCGGGAGCGGAUACAGCAAGCAGUGAGGAAGCCCUGGAAGGCAACAGGUUUCACGGCCAUACUUACGUGAUAUUGGAGAUCCGGAUGCACAACCAUGAGGGUUCAACCUCUUGCUCGCGGGGGUACAUCUUGGCUUGCACUCGGUGGCCAGCAUAGUUGGUGUAUUCUGUCCCAGUGCCGCACCUUGUUAGUUCCUCGGGAACAGGGAACAUGCCUUUUACCAGGGUGAUAUCCUGGUCAGUGAGUGCUCUUCAGAACAAGGCGUGGUGUGUUGCCAUCUCACUUUUUCGUGUAAAAUCUACAAGACAACAAGACAAAGAUAAUCUAGGUUAUUUUUACUAGGCAGCAGUUUUUUAAUUAAAGUGUGUGAUAUAUUAAGUUCUGCUCAAA